AUGGUAGUCUUAUCUUCCAUCUGGCCAUAUUUGGGCUUAUUAAUUGCUUCACUCUCGGUCGGCGCACAUGGCACUUGCACUGAAGAUUGUGUUGUGAACACGCCUAAUGGCCGGAUCAUUGGUCACCGAAGUAGCAUUCGACCUGAGGUUUGCGAGUUCCUUGGAAUUCCAUAUGCUGCCGCCCCUGUUGGCAGCUUGCGCUUUGCGGCCCCGGAGGCGCAGAUCCUGGAAGGAGACUUCGUUGCCGACACUUGGGGUGCCGACUGUCCCCAAAACCCAUCAGCGCUCUUUGCUUAUCCCAAUGCCACGAUACAGUAUGACAAAGUGUUGACGAGCUUCGUGAGCACUACGAGCACCAUCCACUCACAGAGUGAGGAUUGCCUAAAGCUCAACAUAUGGAUUAAAGCCGACGCGUUACAUGCCAAUCAUCCCACUUUGAUGUGGAUUCACGGAGGGCGACAUGCAUCUGGGACUUCCAACACAUUAUUCUACAAUGGCGCAAACUUUGUUGCAGCUGAAAACGCUGUUUUCGUCACUUUCAACUUUCGCAUGAAUAUAUUCGGUUUUCCCGGAGCCCCUGAGGGAACCCAGAAUGUUGGUCUGCUCGACCAUCAUAUGGCUGCACGGUGGACCUCUGAGAAUAUCAAGUAUUUCGGCGGCAAUCCGAACCAGAUCUCGCUAUUCGGUCAGUCUUCCGGAGCCACCGCUGUAGGGAACUGGGUCUACGCUUUCAAAGAGAACCCUGUCGUGGCAGGACUGGCCUCACAUUCGGGCAAUCAGUUUUCAUUCCCGAUGAACACCCUUGAGCUGGCUGCGAAGAACUGGUAUAACGUCUCAGGCACGUUAGGUUGCGGUACCUUGGGAGCGACACUCGAGUGUAUGCGAUCUCCCAACAUCACCUUCCAAGAAAUCCUUGCCGCUGUCAAUAAAGUCCCCAGUGUUCCCACAAACUCGCCGGCUCGCUCUCAGCCGCCAUUUCAACCAACACAGGACAACAUUACGUGGUUCUCCACAAACGAAUACAUUUCUCGAGUCAAGACGGGUAACCUAGCUCGUAUCCCAUAUUUGCAGAUCCAUGGUGAUCACGAGUCUGGAUUCUACAGAAUAUCCGCGCUUGCACAGGGGAAAUCAUUAACGGAAGAUGUGUGGCGAGAAUUUGAGCAGGAGUCGUUUGACUGUGCCACCGCUGCUGAGGGCCAUUACCGAUCUGCGUUGGGUAUUCCAACGUAUAGGUUCCGCUAUAUGGCUGACUGGGAAAACACGCGUUUGUAUAACUCGCCUUCCAGCGGAGCUUACCACGGUGUUGAGAUCCAUAUGGUCACAGGCAACUCAGAGCUUGUUAGCGGUAUGGCCCCUGUGGCAGCCCAGGCUGACCUCACUAGGACCUUGAUAGGUCGCUGGUGGUGGUUCGCGGCGGACGCGGCCACCGGGCUGACUAAUGCUUUCGGCUGGCCACAUUAUAAGCCGGGCGCACCAACAUUGGGGCUGUUGGGCAUUGGAAACAGCGCCAGUAUCGAUUUUGUGGGUGCUUCUACUUACGAUAGUGUGUGCCCGACUUUAGACUUAGACUUUUGGGACAAUACAAUAGCUGCUUAA